GCGUUCUCCAGCCCGGCCCGUUGCGAGGAAGAGUGGUGCUCUGUGUUCUUGCUGUGUAAAGAAGGAGAGAGAAAGACGGGAGGGGUAGGUGGGGUGGGCGGGUGCCGAGGACGGUGUGCUGCUGAUCGUCGAUAUGGGGUUCGUGUCAGCAGGGCGGAAGAUAGGCUCAGGCAUUUGUCGAGAGAAGUCGGCCUGUGUCUUUUGGAGAGUACCGGUAGGCGGAGCGAGUUUGAACAGCUAUCAUGGAGGAGGAGGAGGAGCAGCAGGAGGAGUGUGCAAUCUGGGUGAAUCCGGUCAUGCCGGCGAUGGCCGGGUCCAUCUGUACCACACGGAGUCAGGAGGAGUUUCGAGAUCGGAUGGCUUUGGCAGCCUGUAUUCGCCGCGAUGGCGGGUAAGAAACGGUGAGGCCGAAGGUAGUAUGAAGCCUGCUGCGGCGCAGGCUGCUGUUGCAGUAGGCCCCGGCCGCGCCAGCGUCGAUAAACUCUCUUGCUUCGGGAACGUCCUUCGACGAGGAGGGGGAGCUUUGACCAAUGGGUCCGCAAACGUCGGGAUCCGAGAUCGAGCGGAGAUUGCCUCUGUGCGGCGGAGUCUGCACGCCGCUGCUGCUGUGAAGAACUCCGCUGGUCGUCUCCUCCAUCCGAGAGGUCUGGAGGUCGAACCCCAGGUUAGCCUCGGGUUCGCCGCACAGGCUCCAGGGGGGGGGUUACUUAAUGUGCACGUGCGCCGCGGCCUGUCCACCUGUAGUCACAGCUCAGCUGGGAUCGAACUCAACGGUUUCGUGUUCGAACCGCAGAACGGACGCGUCUCUUUGCGACCAGGAACGACGGCAGCAUUCUCGUCAUCAACGACUGCGGCUGCGGCGGCGGCGGGCGCGGGCGCGGGCGGGAGAAGUGGUGUGACGGGUACGAGAGAAGCAGCGCGUUCCACGGUAGGCCUGGCGCGCAGUGAUUCCAGCGAGCCACGUGAAGCUCGCGAAGACCAUGGUGGUAAAGGCGGGAUGGAUACGACGAGGGAGGUCGCGGCCGUGGAAGACGCCCAUCGGGUCUCUGAAUGGGCUGUGGAGCCAAGGAAGCUGAGCCGCGCAGACGGGACACCAUGGCCGUGGAGGUCCUUUUCUCCCAAAGAUGCAGUGCGCUACGACAGCGAUCUCCCUGCCUCGGAGUUGAUGAGGCAUCAUCCGCCGCAAAAUUUCGGGGAUAAAUUCGCCUAUUACCUGAUAAAAUUUCUGCGAGUCCCGACAGAUUUGUUUUUCCGCAAGAAGUAUGGUUGCCGUGCUGUGAUGUUAGAGACUGUGGCCGCUGUGCCGGGGAUGGUGGGGGGGAUGCUCCUCCAUCUCCAGUCCUUGAGGAGAUUCGAACACAGCGGCGGAUGGAUUCGAACUCUGAUCUCUGAGGCGGAGAAUGAACGUAUGCAUCUGAUGACUUUCAUGGAAUUCGCGAAGCCUCCCUUAUGGGAGAGAGCGCUGGUGAUCGUGACGCAGGGAGUGUUUGGGAGCGCGUUCUUCUUGCUUUACGUAAUCAGUCCACGUGUCGCGCACAGAGUGGUUGGCUACCUCGAGGAGGAGGCGGUUGUCUCGUACACCAGAUAUCUCGAAGAGAUUGAUGCGGGAAGGAUAGAGAACAUCGCUGCGCCGCAGAUCGCGAUCGACUACUGGGGGCUUCAGCGGGACGCGCGUCUCCGCGACGUCGUGCUGGCGGUGCGCGCCGACGAGGCGCAUCAUCGGGACGUUAAUCACUUCGCAUCAGACAUCAAGAGAGCGGGCAAGCAGCUGAAGGACAUGCCGACGGCCCUCGACUAAGACCAAUGAAUCGUUUCGUCGAGU